AUGGCUUUUGUUAAAGUUGUUAAAAACAAAGCGUACUUUAAAAGAUACCAAGUGAAAUCCAAACGUCGACGACAGGGAAAAACUGACUUUUAUGCUCGUCAUGCUCUAAUUCACCAAGAUAAAAAUAAAUAUAACACACCGAAAUAUCGUCUUAUCGUUCGAAUAACCAAUAAAGAUAUCAUAUGCCAAAUUGCUUACGCAAGAAUCGAAGGCGACUAUAUCGUCACAUCAGCUUAUGCACAUGAAUUACCACGUUAUGGCGUUAAACUUGGUCUUACCAACUAUGCAGCUGCCUAUUGUACCGGUUUACUUUUAGCCCGACGAACACUGCAAAAGCACAAACUUGACAGUGUCUAUAAAGGUACAACUGAUAUAACAGGUGGUGAAUUCGAAAAUGAGCCAGUUGAAGGAGAAAAACGUCCAUUUCGUUGUUAUCUCGAUGUUGGAUUAGCCAGAACAACGACUGGUGCCAAAGUUUUCGGUGCACUGAAAGGUGCCGUAGACGGCGGACUCGAUAUUCCACAUAGUACUCGCCGUUUUCCCGGUUACAAUCGCGACGGUAAAAAAUUCGACGCCGAUGUUCACCGUCAACAUAUAUUUGGUCUACACGUUGCCAACUACAUGACAUCAUUGAAAGAAGAGAAUCCCGAUGCUUAUGCCAAACAAUUUUCCCGUUUUGUCAAAGCCGGUAUUCAACCGAGUUCGUUUGAGGCUUUGUACAAAGCGGCACAUGCAGCUAUUCGUGCUGAUCCGUCUCCAUCUCCACGAAAAGAAAAGAAAGCUGAUGCACCAAAAGCCAAACGAUGGAAUAAAGUACGACUUGCUCGAUCAUCGCGUAGAAAUCGUGUUCAACAACGUAAAACAGCUUUUCUCAAGUCAUUACAGAGCGGCAAUGCCGAGUAG